AUGGCCUUUCUUGGCUCGUUGGGACUCAAGGCAAAGGCUGGAAUUGGCAUACUUACACUUUACACCUCGUAUGAAAUAUAUAUGCAAGUGAGGACUCAAUAUCUCAUCAAGUGCAGAAGAGAUGAGUACCAAAAAUUGAUCAAAAGUCAAGAUGCUUCCGACGUUGACUACACAAAGUUCAAGUCUGCCACAGUUGCCGGGAUGUUUGUCAAUCCCUUUGAAGAGUAUAGGCCGCAAACGGCCUUUGAGUUUAUACUUGUGCGGAUAAUGGAGCUCUUUGAGCUGAUAUACGGAAGCACAAUUGAGAUUCACAACAAGGUGCCCAAUCCUCACGACGAUGUGGUUGAAGUAGAAGAUGAGUUGAGACGAUUCAAGCCCGACUUGGCGAGGUACAGGGCCAAUUCCAAAACCUUGCAAUCGUGUGUCUCGAAAAACGAUUUCCAAGCGUUGGCGAAGAAAGAUGGUUGGCUACGCAAAGCAGGUUUACCGGUGCGGGAUCAGCUACUAUUUACGUGGAUUGGCCAGUCCUGCGCUUUGGUGCAGGUGUCGGGGAUCAAUUUCCUCACCGACCCAUUACUUGAAGACCACUUGUUCACGCCAUCUUUCGGUCCCAAGCGGCUUGAAAAGGCGCCAAUGGACUUGGAGGACAUUGACUACGCCACCAACAACAAAUUGGACUUUAUCUUGGUGUCGCAUGAUCACCCCGACCAUUUGGAAAUGAACCUAGUCAAUAAGAUACGCAACAAGAGUUUUUGGAUUGUGCCGCUUGGACUCAAAAAUAAGCUCGCUAGAAGAGGAGUGCAUAACGUGGUUGAGCUUGAUUGGUGGGAUACGUUGGACAUUACAAACUACAUCACUACAGACAAGGCGUUCCCUGACAAGUACGAAAUUGUGUGUGUCCCCUCGAUGCAUUGGUCUGGUAGGAAUGUGUUUGACUCCAACAAGUCGCUAUGGUGCUCUUACAUAUUGCGUCGCAAUAGAGAAUCGAUAAUGUACCAUGCGGGAGACACGGGUUACCUGAAGGAGUUGUUUGACGUCAUUGGCAAAAGGUAUGGCCCCGUGACGUUGGCGCUAUUGCCGAUUGGCCAGUAUUGCCCCAGCUGGCACCAGAAACCGCGCCACAUCUCGCCUGAGGAAGCACUCAAAAUCUGCAAGCAAACAAGUGCCACCUUUAUGAAGGGGAUCCACUGGGGCACGUUCAAGCUCAGCGGCGAACCGAUACUUGAGCCCAAGAACUUGCUCACAAAUCUAGCAAAAGCGAUUGACAAGUCGGCUGUUUACAAGGUGCCAGAAUUUGGUUUGACCUAUUUAUUUGAUCUUGAGCAGCAGAAAGAAGUAGAGCUACACAUAUAG